AUGCUUUUCCAAAGCGCCAUUCUGUUUACGCUGGGCGCCGCGGCCGCUGCAGGUGGUGGCGGAAGAUCAAGCACCUCCUCAUCCUCAAGCUCUUCCUCCUCCGGCAGCUCCUCCUCUACCGACUGCUCCACCUGGUCCAGAGUCGCCUCCGACCUAGGCACCACCUUCCAAGGCUGCGGCCCAGCCGCCCGUGGCGCCAUCCGUGCCCCCUUCCACGACUGCAUCAACAAUGGCUGCGACGGUUCGCUCAUCCUAGGCGAUGAAUGCGGCCGCUCUGAAAACGCUGGUCUCACAGCAACCUGUGCGCUCCUGGCUGAAAAGGCAAAGCAGUACAGCGUCGGCACCGCAGACAUGAUCCAGUUUGCCGCCGCCGUCGCCAUCGCCGUGUGCCCUCUCGGGCCCCGCGUAAAGGCACUCGUAGGACGCACAGACAGCAGCACGCCCGCGGAGGAGGGUCAGGUGCCUGCCACUAAGGACCCCAUCGACAGCAUCUUAGGCAAGUUUGCGGCUGUCGGCAUGAGCGCGAACGAUGUGGUUGCGCUGGUGGGCUCGCACACUGCUGGCACCCAGUCGUUUGACGAUCCGAGCCAGGCGGGUAAGGCGCUAGACAGCACGCCGAGCAAGUGGGAUGUCAAGUUCUACAGUGAGACAAAGGCGGGGACCGCGCCGUAUAGCUUCUCGAGUGAUAGGCGGAUGACGAAUGAUUCUUCGACCGAGGGCUCGUGGAACCGCUUUGCACACAGUCAGGGAGCUUGGGCUUCGGCGUUCACGAGUGCAUGGGAUAGGUUCGUCGUCGUCGGGAACGAUGUCGAUAGCUUGAACGACUGCUCCAGCUCGUUGCCUGGCUCGUCGAGAAGGAGAGCCGAGGGCAUGAGCAGGCCGAUGGGAGCCGGUGCUUUUCAUUGA